AUGGCUGACCAGGCUCCCCCCACUUUUAAGCUCGUUCUGGUUGGUGACGGUGGUACCGGAAAGACCACUUUCGUCAAGCGCCACUUGACUGGUGAAUUCGAGAAGAAGUACAUUGCUACCCUCGGUGUUGAGGUUCACCCUCUUGCUUUCACCACCAACCUGGGUCCCAUCCAGUUCGAUGUCUGGGACACCGCUGGUCAGGAGAAGUUCGGUGGUCUCCGUGAUGGUUACUACAUCAACGGUCAGGCCGGUAUCAUCAUGUUCGAUGUUACCUCCCGUAUCACCUACAAGAACGUUCCCAACUGGCACCGCGACCUCGUCCGUGUCUGUGAGAACAUCCCUAUCGUCCUGUGCGGUAACAAGGUCGAUGUGAAGGAGCGCAAGGUCAAGGCCAAGACCAUCACUUUCCACCGCAAGAAGAACCUGCAGUACUACGAUAUCUCCGCCAAGUCCAACUACAACUUCGAGAAGCCCUUCCUCUGGCUCGCCCGCAAGCUGGAGUUCGUUGCCGCUCCCGCCCUCGCUCCCCCCGAGGUCACUGUCGACCACGAGCAGCUUGCCAAGUACCGCGAGGAGAUGGACGCUGCUGCCCAGCAGCCCCUUCCCGAUGAGGAUGACGCCGACCUGUAA